AUGGCGCGCGUGGCGCACACCCAUACCGCGGAUCGGACCACCGAAAAGUCCCACGACGCAUUGUUUGUCCAACUGUCACAGCUUGUCUCUCGGCUGCAGCAAAAUGUCCUCCAUCCCACGCCCGAACGGGAGCGCAGACUGCGGACCAGCGAGUACGAGAGGGCCAGAGUUGAAGCGAACCUGGAAUAUGCCUUAUCGCUACUCGGGCGCCUAGAACAAGAUGCGGCGCGUAUCACGGUGCCGGCGCGGAAGCUCGAGAGACAAGACGCCCUGCACGCCACGAGGGAGACGCUGGAGACGCUACUGGAUCGCAUGGAAGACCUGAGGCAGCUUGCCUUGGACGAGGACCAAGACUCCGACGAGGAGGAUUUGUUGGGAGACAUCGUGCCAACUCCGAGCGAAAGCGCUCCGUCUACAUCGGCCGAAUCGCGACAAGAGGACACGGCACGGGACGCGAUACCAGCCUCCCCCACUCCGCAGCUCGCCACCAUCCUAGACCCCCCGGCCACUCCGGCGCAUCUCCUCGAAAACAUCUCACCCACCACGCCCGUAUUUCCCGCGCAGGAUCCCACGCAAACCACCCAGUCUCUCCGCGGCCGUUCCUCCAUCCAGUCGCAGCCCUCCGUCUCCGCAGACGUCUCCCACAGCACCGCCCGCGCCGCCCUAUUCGCCAACCGCCGCGAGCCCGCCGCGCCACAGACGUCGACCGCCACCGCCGAGGCCAUCCUCGACCAGCAGCGCGCCGAGCAGGACUCCCUCUCGGGCUCCAUCCUCCAGAUGGCGAGCGCCCUCAAGGCAAGCUCGCAGCGCUUCUCGUCGUCGCUCGAGGUCGACAAGGACGUCGUCAGCCGCGCAGGCGAGGGCAUAGACAAGACGGAGCGUGGCAUGGAUGCGGCACGAGGCCGCAUGGGCGCGCUGCGGAAGAUGACAGAGGGCAAGGGCUGGUGGGGGAGGUUGAUGCUCUACGCGUGGGUGUAUGGCUUGAUGGUGGCGCUGCUGCUGAUUGUGUUUGUGCUGCCCAAGCUUCGCUUUUAG